AUCCCCAGUCCUCUCUCGGGCUUUUCGGUAGUAACGGGACAUGCACCCCAAAGGCCUUUGACCCUGCUGCGGGGCUCCCUGUCCUUAGGAACAGUGGAGAUGGCACUCUUAGCAAGCCCCUCUCUGCCUAGCUGCUUCCUCUCGCUCUUCCUCCUACUCUUCCUCCAGCUGCCUUCCAGCCAUGCAGGACAGUUCAGAGUGAUAGGACCAAGGCACCCCAUCCGGGCUCUCGUUGGAGAUGAAGUGGAAUUGCCAUGUCGUAUAUCCCCUGGGAAGAAUGCUACAGGCAUGGAGGUGGGGUGGUACCGUCCCCCCUUCUCUAGGGUGGUUCACCUCUACCGAAAUGGCAAGGACCAAGAUGGAGAGCAGGCACCUGAAUAUCGAGGUCGGACGGAACUGCUGAAAGAGGCUAUUGGUGAAGGAAAGGUGUCCCUCAAAAUCCGGAAUGUAAGGUUCUCAGAUGAAGGGGGUUUCACCUGCUUUUUUCGAGAUCAUUCUUAUCAAGAAGAGGCAGCAAUGGAAUUAAAAGUGGAAGAUCCCUUCUACUGGGUCAACCCUGGAGUGCUGGUUCUCAUCGCGGUGCUUCCUGUGCUCCUCCUGCAGAUCUCUGUGGGCCUCCUCUUCCUCUGCCUGCAGCGCAGACUGAGAGGAAAACUUCGAGCAGAGAUAGAGAAUCUCCACCGGACUUUUGAUCCCCACUUUCUGAGGGUGCCCUGCUGGAAGAUAACCCUGUUUGUAAUUGUACCAGUUCUUGGACCUCUGGUUGCCUUGAUCAUUUGCUACAACUGGCUACAUCGAAGACUAGCAGGGCAAUUCCUUGAAGAGCUAAGAAACCCCUUCUGAGU